CCCGCGACCAGCCUGCUCCUUCAGUCCGAGGACCGCGAGGAGACCCAGGAGGCGGUGCGCGCGUGCAGCCGCCUUUUCGGGGCCCUGCUGGAGCGGGGAGAGCUGUUUGUGGGCCGGCUGCCGUCCGAGGGCCCGGUCAUGGCAGGGUCUCAGGGGGCUACACGCAAAUACAAGGUGUGGAUGAGACAUCGCUACCACAGUUGUUGUAACCGCCUGCAGGAGCUUCUGGCUCACCCCUCCUUUGAGGUCAAGGAGCUGGCUCUCAGCACGCUCAUGAAGUUUGUGCAGCUGGAAGGAGCUCACCCCCUGGAGAAACCUAAGUGGGACGGCUACUACCUGUUCCCUCGGCAGCUCUUCAAGGCGGUGGUGGAAGGCCUGCUCUCUCCGGAGGACGACUGCUCGCUGCUCCUGUCCCGCUUCCAGGAGUACUUGGAACACGACGACAUCCGCUACCACACGAUGCAGGCAGCCACGGCCGUCGUGGGCCGCGUCGCUGACGGGUACCCAGAGGUGCCGCUCACGUUCUGGAACAACGCCUUCACGCUGUUGUCGGCUGUGAGCCUCCCCCGCCAGGAGUGUAGUUUCUCCAGCUUCUACGUGAAGCACGUGGAGCUGUCGCGCACGUGGAAGGUGGUUCAUCUGAAGGAGCACAGGAAGGCGUUCCAGCUGAUGUGGCUCGGCUUUCUCAGGCACAAGCUGCCUCUGAGCCUCUACAAGAAGGUGCUGGUGGUCAUGCACGACUCCAUCUUGCCGCACCUGGCCCAGCCCAGCCUCAUGAUCGACUUCCUGACCCGCGCCUACGACGUGGGGGGAGCCAUCAGCCUCUUGGCCUUGAACGGACUUUUUGUCCUGAUUCACCAGCACAACCUCGAGUACCCCGAUUUCUACCGCAAGCUCUACGGUCUACUGGACCCUUCCGUUUUUCACGUCAAGUACCGGGCCCGGUUUUUCCACCUGGCCGACCUCUUCCUGUCAUCCUCCCAUCUGCCCGCCUACCUGGUGGCUGCCUUCGCCAAGCGCUUGUCCCGCCUGGCCCUGACGGCGCCCCCCGAGGCCCUGCUCGUGGUCCUGCCCUUCAUCUGCAAUCUGCUGCGCCGGCACCCCGCCUGCCGCGUCCUCGUGCACCGCCCCCUGGGCCCUGAGCUGGAUGCCGACCCCUAUGACCCCGAAGAGGAGGACCCCGCCAAGAGCCGAGCUCUGGAGAGUUCGCUGUGGGAGCUGCAGGCCCUCCAGCGGCAUUACCACCCCGAGGUGUCCCAGGCCGCCAGCGUCAUCAACCAGGCGCUGUCCAUGCCUGAGGUCAGCAUCGCGCCGCUGCUGGAUCUCACGGCGUUUGAGGUCUUCGAGCGGGACCUGAAGAAGAAGGGCCAGGGGUCAGUGCCACUGGAGUUCAUCCCCGCCCAGGGUCUGUUGGGCCGGCAGGACGACCUCUGCGCCCAGCACUUCACGCUUAGCUGACCCUGUGACCUCCCCUCCCUCCUCGGCCCCCAUAAGUGGUUUUGUGGGAGAGCCACUGGGGUGGGCUGUGGGUAGCUAGGAGGGGUCUGGGGAGGCGCUGAACCCGUCUCCUGGCUCCCGUGGUGGCCAUGUUUACAGGCCGACGUCCAUAGUGCUGGCCACGCUGCGUCCACCUGCAGCAACCCCCGCUCCGGAACGUGGUGUCCAGGGGUCUCUCCCUCCACUGAAGCCUGUGGGGAGGGGGGCUGCAGAAGUGGCUCCUGCCACGGGGCUCCGGGUGCACGGGUGUGGCUGCUGCCAGCCCUACAAGCUUCCCCAGGCACCCCACACUCCUCGGGGCCCUCGUAUCCAGGGAGGGUCUGAGCCACACCCCCCGCCUGUCCAGUGCAGUUGGACUCCGUGACCCAGGAGCGACAGUGAGGGCUCUGUCCUGGUUAGUCUUGGGUGCACAGGGAGCGCACACGCCCAUUCCUGGCCAGGGCCAGAGGAGGACACCUUUGUCCCCUGACCCCCAGGGUGCCGGGCUGUGUGUGCCCGGUCAGAGGGAGUUAGCUGGAGGCCGCUUCACCCUUCCAUCCUGUCCCCGAGCAGAGUGGGCACCGGCAGCCACAGGCCAGUGGCUUAUUUUGUGCCAGGGUGUUUGUUCCUUCGAGGCCCCAUUUCUGCCAGGCGAGCCUGCUCCUUGAGUCUGGGUUUUCUCUUUAAAAACCUGCUUGUCUGGGGACGGAGGAGUCGGUGUGACGGCAGCUCACGUAGGCUGGGGGGGCUGGCAGAGGCACAGGUGGGGGUGGAGAGCCCGCGAGGGAGAGACCCCUGUUGCCCUGCAGCCUCCUGAGUUCCCAGGACACCCCCACCCCACAGGAGCGCCCUGGGGUCACAGAGGGCAGUCGUUUGGCCGCUUUGGUCUCUGGGAGCUGCUCCUGUGGCCCAAGACCCUGGUGUGCCUGGUGGGGGCUUUGCCCAAGGAGUGAAGGGGCGCCUCUUCUCCGUACAGGGUUGUGUGAGUCAGGGACACUAGCGCCCCACCCCCUAGCUGAACUGCCCUGGCUCCCUCCCAAGCUGGUUCCUGCCCCAGGGCCUUUACACUGCUGUUGCCACAGCUUUCCCCUGAUCUUCAGACCCCAGGCUGAGUGAGGCCUUGUGGAGGCCUCUGUCGAGCAUCCUGUGUAUAACAGCGUUUUGUGCGUCCCACCUGGCACCCACUUAUCUUCAUGGCCCGGCUGCCCUGCAGCAGUCCACCGACUGUCCCUGCCCACCUUCCCAGGGACCGAGGAAGGCUCGUUACUGACUGGCCUCGUCCCCUGGCCCAGGACUUGCCUGGCUCGGAGGAGGGGCUCAUGCACAUUUGUGGGGACGGUCUCCAGGCUCCUGAGUGGCCUGCUACCAGAGGUCACCAGUGCCCCACCUGAGCCUCGGUGUGGGGACACCAGGGGGCAGAUGGGUGGGCUGAGGCCUCACUGAUUAAAAAAUGCCAUUGAUGUUUAAAGUUAAA